AUGGGUGCCGGUGCCAGUGCCAGUGCGUUGAGUGAGGCGCUUGGCCGUGGUGAGCUCUCAAACUAUUUCAGUGACCCAUAUUUGAAAGGUGAAGUCUACAAAGGUUCGCUCUACUCGCACGGCGGCCUGCAUGAGUUGCACACAUUCGACUACAACGCACCGGAUGGUCUGGUGCGCGUGUGGCGACACGCUGUAAUCAUGUGCGAUCUUCAGGACCAAGAAGGCCCUGGUCAACAGGACCUCUGUGUCCUGUAUCAUUACACUCACGAACUAGCAUUCCUAAAUGUGGCCAACAUGGAGCAGACCACUGCCGAGCUCUUCGCAUCAUUGGUGGACUCCAGGGCCCACUUCGGAAAGGGCGUCUACUGUACUCAGCAUGAACCUGCAGUAUGGGGCUCCCGGAUACGUGUUCUUUUGAACAACUACAGCAAUUUGAGUCCUUUGCGUGACACAACAGAUGCGGAGUCUCAGCGAGUGGAGACGACAUGGGGCACAGGCAAUUCUGGAGGCCAUCGCGCAGCCUUCUGCAUUCCGAUUGUAGUCUUGAGGGAGCACGCGUACAACAUUUUUCAAAGGCAAACGCCUGACCUAGCCCAGAAGAUGGUCCUUGAUGUAGAUACAGGACAGGAGCGCGGGAUCAAUCUGGGUGAAGACUAUCGAGGCCGAAAAGUGGAUCCUGGACGCGACGUUUGGGUCUUGCAGGUGACGGACGAUGUUGGCAGGGUGAAGCAUGCUGGCGCAGAGGCAGACGGUUUGCUCAAACUGCUCCGGCUCCGCUUGGCCAACCUCCGACAAGAGCUGGGCGAGGAUGCGGAGCUUGCGCUGGACUGCAUGCACGAGCUCGGGAGAAGGCUACAGGGCCGCGCCAUCUUCGAAGAGGCGGAGCAGCUGUACAAGAAGUGUCUGCGAGGCCGCAGGUCCAAGCUUGGUGACGAUCAUCCGCAAACGUUGAGUUCGAUGAACAACUUGGCUGGGCUGCUGGUGGCUCGGGGCCGCUAUGAGGAAGCCGAGCCGCUGUACAGGCAGGGAUUGGAGGUUCGAAGGGCCAAGCUUGGUGACGAUCAUCCGGACACGCUCCUUUCCAUAAACAACUUGGCUGGGCUGCUGACGCAUCGGGGCCGCUAUGAGGAAGCCGAGCCACUGUACAGGCAGGGAUUGGAGGUUCGACGGGCCAAGCUUGGUGACGAGCAUCCGGACACGCUCCUUUCGAUGAACAACUUGGCUGGGCUGCUGACGCAUGGGGGCCGCUAUGAGGAAGCCGAGCAAAGCCAUCGACAGGCACUGUCGUACUCAGCUCCAGUCUCAGCUCCAUCCUGA